AUGGGUAUAUCAAGUAUGAAAGCUGCUCGUUACUAUGAUCGAAACGAUAUUCGUGUUGAAGAAAUGUCUGUUCCGCUCGUCGGCAAGAAACAAGUGAAAAUCGAAGUGAAAUAUGCUGGAAUCUGUGUAGCAGAUGUACAUGAAUAUUUACAUGGCCCAAUAUUCAUCCCGAUGAAACAACCCUAUUUACCAAAUGGACACCAUGGUGUAACGACGAUGGGACGUGAAUUCUCAGGUGUAGUUGUGGAACUGGGAGAUGAUGUUAAACGCACUGAUAUUCAGAUAGGUGAUCGUGUUGUGGUAGAACCAUUAGUUCGAAAUCAAGACAAAUCGAGUGUAGCUGAACCUAUAGGCUGUAUUGGUCUGAGUUGCAAUGGUGCAUUUGCUAAAUAUGUAGUUGUCGACGAUUACAUGGUGCAUAAAAUUCCAGAUGCGAUCACUUUUGAACAAGGUGCAUUAGUAGAGCCUGCUGCUGUAGCUGUACAUGCUGUUAAAUGUAGUAAUUUACAACCAGAAGAGACUUGCGUCAUUUUUGGUGCUGGUCCAAUCGGUUUGCUCUGUCUUCAAUCUGCACUGGCUUUCGGUGUCACUCGUAUCAUCAUUGUUGACAUUGUCGAUAAACGCCUAGAGAAAGCACGUGAAUUGGGCGCUACAUUGGUUAUUAAUGGCAAGGACACAAAUAUUUGUCAGCAAAUCAAAGACUAUACGAAUGGUGCGGGGACACAUGUUUAUUUUGAUGCAGCAGGUACAGAAUCAACAUUCGCUACAGGUAUCUCAUGUUUGAGACGAGGCGGUCGAGCGAUAUUAAUUGCAGUGUUUCCAAAACCGUUGACGUUCGAUGCAAUGGAUAUUGUUACACGUGAGAUAAGUAUUCGAGGAAUAUCCGAUUAUCAAAAUGCGUUCGGUGAAGCCAUCCAACUGAUCAAUAAUAAGAACAUGGAUGUUGAACGAAUUGUUUCAAAGAAAAUCAAAUUAGAUGAUAUUGUGAAAGAUGGAUUUGACACUUUAUCAUCGGAUCUUUCACACAUCAAAAUUCUAAUUGAUAUUGGUUCGGACUAA